AUGGCAGGCAACGAGUGGAUCAAUGGGUACCUGGAGGCGAUACUGUCCAGCGCAGGAUUCAAUCCGACGAAGUACUUUGUUGAGGAGGUGGUGAAGGGAGUCGACGAGACUGAUCUCCACAGGACUUGGAUUAAGGUUGUCGCCACGAGGAAUGCGAGGGAGAGGAGCUCUAGAUUGGAGAAUAUGUGCUGGAGAAUCUGGCACCUUGCUAGAAAAAAGAAGCAGCUGGAGUGGGAAGAUCUCCAGAGGCUUGCAAAUAGAAGGUGGGAACGGGAACAAGGGCGGAGAGAUGCCACUGAGGACAUGUCAGAAGAUUUGUCGGAGGGUGAAAAGGGAGACAAUUUGGGAGAGUUGGCUCAGAGUGAGACACCGAAGAAACAGAUUCAUAGGAAUUUCUCUGAUCUCCCUGUUUGGUCUGAUGAUAAUAAGGGAAAGAAGCUCUAUGUUGUUCUUGUAAGUUUGCAUGGACUUGUUCGUGGAGAAAACAUGGAGCUUGGUCGUGACUCAGACACAGGAGGACAGAUAAAAUACGUUGUGGAACUAGCCCGAGCUCUCUCGAUGAUGCCAGGAGUUUAUAGAGUAGAUCUUUUCACUCGCCAAAUUUCUUCCCCUGAUGUUGAUUGGAGCUAUGGUGAGCCAACAGAGAUGCUAACCUCAGGCUCCUAUGACACUGAAGGAAACGAUGCAGGAGAGAGUGCAGGAGCUUAUAUCAUAAGAAUCCCAUGUGGGCCACAAGACAAAUAUCUCCGAAAAGAAUUAUUAUGGCCAUAUGUACAAGAAUUUGUUGAUGGAGCUCUAGUUCACAUUCUAAAUAUGUCAAAGGUGUUGGGAGAGCAAGUUGGAGGAGGGCACCCAGUGUGGCCUUAUGUCAUCCAUGGACAUUAUGCUGAUGCUGGUGAUUGUGCUGCUUUGCUCUCUGGUGCUUUAAAUGUGCCGAUGGUUCUUACUGGUCAUUCUUUGGGAAGAAAUAAACUAGAACAACUUUUAAAGCAAGGACGUCAGUCGAAGGAGGAUAUUAAUGCGACUUAUAAGAUAAUGAGGAGGAUAGAAGCUGAGGAGUUGUCGUUGGAUGCUUCUGAGCUUGUUAUUACAAGUACUAAGCAAGAGAUUGAGGAGCAAUGGGGGUUGUAUGAUGGAUUCGAUGUUAAACUUGAGAAGGUUUUGAGGGCUCGUCUUAGACGCGGGGUCAGUUCCCAUGGUCGUUAUAUGCCAAGGAUGGUGGUUAUUCCCCCUGGUAUGGAUUUUAGCAAUGUCGUGGUUCAGGAAGAAAAAGCUGAAGCAGAUGUUGACCUGGCUGCAAUUAUAAGUUCUCCAAAGUCAGUUCCACCUAUUUGGUCUGAGGUGAUGCGAUUCUUUACAAAUCCUCACAAGCCAAUGAUCCUGGCUCUAUCAAGGCCUGACCCUAAAAAGAACAUCACUACACUACUGAAAGCAUUUGGGGAAUGCCGCCCAUUGAGAAACCUUGCAAAUCUCACGUUGAUAAUGGGAAACAGAGACGACAUAGAUGAGAUGUCCACAGGCAAUGCCAAUGUUCUCACAACCGUUCUAAAGCUGAUCGAUAAAUACGAUCUGUAUGGACUAGUGGCAUACCCUAAGCACCAUAACCAAUCUGAUGUCCCUGAAAUAUACAGGCUCGCUGCAAAAACAAAGGGUGUCUUUAUAAAUCCUGCACUAGUCGAGCCCUUUGGUCUUACUUUGAUUGAGGCAGCUGCUCAUGGGCUUCCGAUGGUAGCCACCAGAAAUGGUGGGCCUGUCGAUAUUCAGCGGGCACUGAACAAUGGACUACUUGUAGACCCACAUGAUCAAAAAGCCAUAUCCGAUGCACUUUUAAAGCUCGUUGCAGAUAAGAAUCUAUGGAGUGAAUGCAGGAAAAAUGGUUGGAAGAACAUCCAUCGCUUUUCUUGGCCUGAGCAUUGUCGCACUUAUCUAACAAGAGUAGCAGCUUGUAGAAUGAGGCAUCCUCAGUGGCAAACUGACACUCCUACUGAUGAGGUUGCUGUUGAGGAAUCUCUAGGAGAUUCCUUAAAGGAUGUUCAUGAGUCUUCUCUUAGGCUAUCAAUCGAUGGGGAGAAAAAUUCUGUCAAUGGAGAGAUUGUUGACUCAAAUGAACUUGAUGAAGCAACAGAAGGGGAUCCAGAGAUACAAAACCAAGUUAGACGGAUCCUUAACAAAAUCAAGAAGAAUUUGCCUGAAUCCUCGGGUACUAAUAAUGCUAAAAAGGCAGAUAGUUCAGGGCUUGUUGUACCAAAAUACCCUCUUCUUCGAAGACGACGGAGGCUUUAUGUGAUAGCUCUUGACUGUUAUAAUGAUAAAGGAGAUCCUGAGAAGAAAAUGAUUGAGGUGAUCAAAGAAGUUUUUAAAGCCAUUAAGUCAGAUUCUCAGAUGUCGAGGAUUUCAGGGUUUGCUCUCUCAACUGCGAUGCCUAUUUCUGAGACACUCGAGCUUCUAAAAUUGGGGAAAAUACAGCCUACAGAAUUUGAUGCAAUUAUAUGCAGUAGCGGGAGCGAGGUUUAUUAUCCAGGCACUUCUCAGUCUUUGGAUGCCGAGGGAAAAUUUCGAGCAGACCCAGAUUACGCGACACAUAUUGAAUAUCGUUGGGGUUAUGAUGGAGUUAAGAGGACCAUAGCAAAAUUGAUGAAUUCUCAGGGUAAAUCUGUUGUUGAGGAUUUGACAGCGAGUAAUGCCCACUGUAUCUCAUUUAUGAUUAAAGAUUCAACCAAGGUAAGACCAGUUGAUGAGCUACGUCAGAAGCUUCGGAUGCGUGGUCUCAGAUGCCAUCUUAUGUACUGUAGGAGUUCUACACGGUUGCAAGUCAUUCCUCUUUUGGCAUCUCGGUCUCAAGCACUCAGGUAUCUAUUUGUGCGUUGGGGCCUGAGCGUGACAAACAUGUACGUGAUUCUUGGAGAGAAAGGAGACACUGACCACGAAGAGUUAAUAUCGGGGUCCCACAAGACUGUUAUCAUGAAAGGUAUUGUGGAGAAAGGAUCCGAAGAGCUGUUGAGGACAGCAGGAAGCUACCAAAGAGAAGAUAUUGUUCCUGGUGAGAGCCCCCUCAUCGUCUAUACUGAGGAUGGAGUUCGAUCUGUGGAGAUCAUUAAGGCAUUCAAAGAAGCAUCUAAGGCUGCUUCUGGAUUGUGAUAUGGUGAUAAUUUCUUGGCUCUACACUAUUUUUUUGAAAAGAAGAUCUCAUUAAUGUUUGAUGAGGUGUAUGUAAUAUUUCUGAGUACAGAUCUUUUAUACUAAAAUUUGAUCUGAUAUCAGAUUGUAUGUGGUUCUAUAACCUUGUACAAAAUUACAAGCUCAAGUACACCAAAAUUUUUUAUAAAGAUUGGAACGCAAAAGCUGAAGCGGAAAAAAUCUUAUUUCACUUA